UCCAUGGUUGCUCCCAUCACUUGCAAAUUACCAGACGAGAAAAGUAAGCGGCUCCGUGCUUUGCUGGGGAAUGUGAAACUGUCUCUUCUCUACAAAGCUUCAGUUCAUGGAUAUCAAGCUUCUGUCUUCCACCAGCGAUGUGACCGUCAGGGUCCCACUUUACUUGUAGCCUACAACCGAUCAGGCUACAUCUUUGGUGGAUACACUAGUGUAGAUUAUGCUCGAAGUGGGCAGCAUAUUAUAGAUAGGGAAGCUUUCCUGUUCAGCUUUCAAGGCAAGAUCCCUGUGUGCAUCAAAGUUAACAGUGGACAUUAUGCACGUCUCGAUGACGCUGGAGGGCCCAACUUUGGUCAACAGCUGUACUUUUGCUACAAGAACCAGCCAGUUGUGUUAAAUCACAGAGGGAAUGCAUUCAGUGUUAAUACGGCAACAAUGUAUGGGAACGAUACUCAGCUGACUGAAUGUGAGGUGUACAAAGUGAAGCAGAUCCCUCAGAGCAGUGCCAUAAACAAGCAAUGGAGGAAUGUUCUGUGGACAGCCAAUCGAAGAGCACAGCUCAUGGGAUUGAUCAGGAACUAUAAACCCCUGAUGACGUCUGUGAGUCGGGUCAGAAUCCUAAUGAUCGGUCCUGUAGGUGCUGGAAAAUCCAGUUUCUUCAACUCCAUCAACUCCAUCUUCAUGGGCCGCAUUACCAGCAAAGCCAUGUCAGGAUCUGCAGGCACUAGUCUCACCACACAGUUUCGCACAUACCCAGUUGUUGACCAUCAUGAGGGAAGGCCGUUGCCAUUUGUGUUGUGUGACACCAUGGGACUCGAGGAGCAAUCAGGUGCAGGACUUGAUAUUGAGGACAUCAGCAGCAUUCUUCAAGGUCACAUAUCAGACCGCUAUAAAUUCAACCCCAUUGCACCGUUUCAACACAAUGAGCGAAAGGCCUCCAGACCUGCAUCUCUUCAGGAGAAGAUCCACUGUGUGGUGUAUGUGAUAGACUCCACCAGAAUCUCCCUCAUGUCUGACAAACUAGAGGAAAAACUUGCUUCCAUACGCCGAAGAGUAAACUUGCUAAGCAUUCCUCAGAUUGUCUUGAUGACAAAAGUAGAUGAAGCAUGUCCUCGAGUGGAGGAAAAUCUUCAAAGUCUUUAUGUCAGUUCCUACAUCAAGUUGAAGGUGCAGGAGGUGAGCUCUCGGUUGGGUGUGCCGGUGUCUUGUGUGUUACCGGUGAAGAACUACAGUCAGGAGCUGGAGCUGGAGCUCAACUGUGACGUCCUGCUGCUCACCGCUCUACAGCACAUGCUCAACUUCGCAGAUGACUAUCUGGAUGAUGCUGGUCGAGUGGAGUACGACUUCCUAUAAAUCACUGCUGGUGGAAAAUUUUCUUUUGAGGCUCUUAACACUAAUGUUUUUUGUUUGAGUGCUAAUGCAUGAUUGCAUGAUGCUCUAUUGUAGUAUAUUUCUUUGCUUCUAUAUGCUAAAAAGUUUGGACAUUUUGUAAAAUAUAAUUGUUAAAUUACAGAAAGAUAUGAGUUAUUAAAUUGAGCAUAUGUUAAAGCAAAA